AUGACUCGCCUCUGGAUACCUGGGUUGCCCUACAAGAAGGCCCCCGUAGCCGACCGGUUCAAGUCGAGCGCGCAAUUCCUUUCGUUUCCGAUGGCACCAACCGCACGCUUCGUCUUUCGCCGGAACUACGAGGUUCCCUCUUCCCGCUCCUUCCAGCCAGUUUCGCCCCCCCGAACUGUCGUCCGCUCUCUCCUGCCAGUCUCGACUGGCGUCCAUUCCCUCUCCCGCAAGCCAGCUUCGCCUGGCGUCCGUUCUUUUGCCCAGAUGCGACAGGGCUCGCAUCUGCCGGUCUCUGUGAGACCAUCCACUCCUUCCCCUGUUUCCCCACCUGCCCCAGCUGCCACUGGGGCAGGGCGUUCGCUAACUCGCUCUGCUCUUUCCUCUCGCCUGGAGGAAAGGCGGGCUUCUCGACAGGCACGAUCUCGGCCUUGGGCGGCUACACCCAAGGUCGAGAAACCCCGGUCGACAACCCGCCCUACCCCCCGAGUCGAACGAGCCUCUGUUCCCUCCGACCGGGCUAUCUACAGCCCACAUAUGGCGGCGCGUGCUCGUCGGGCGAUCAGACGGAUCGACGAAGUCCUCGCUAAGCCUGCUCUGGUCAAGGCCAGCGCAGGUGGACGUAAGGCCAAGUCCGUGAAGUCUGUUCGUUUCGGCGAGGACACCGUCAUCCCUGUGUCCUGUUGGAUAGUUCGGCGCGAGCAUGUCUUUCCAGCUCCGUUGGCGGCCAUGGGUCACCUUCAGGGUUGGAAAGUUACACCUCGCUCGGAGCCAGAUGAGGAGGGUGAACUAGAAAAGUACACCACAUAUUGGGGUUCCGACUCUUAUGUGAUGCUUGACUGUCACUCUGCCUCGGAGCCGUGUGGCCGUGAAGGGUGUCAGUACAACCGACUGGCUAGCAUUGCUGCCAGGAGGCCACGCUGGGGUCCCGCCACGGUCUUCACGGCUUGGAACAUGCUCCGAGAGAAGGUCCGGCAACGUGGUGGUUUCCGGCUAUGCUGGCGUAUAUCCUGCUGUGGUAUUGGUGGCGCAUUGAGCACCGAAGAGAGAUGGUGGUGGGCCAUCGACAACACGACAACAUCGACGCCUCCUUCGACAACAACGACGACGACGACAACCGACGACGACAACCGACGGAGCUACACCGGGCGGCUAAUUGCGCUUCACCGGAAGCGCGUUAAGACGGAAUAUUACCCAAUCAUGCGGAUGUACUGGGAGGGAAUAUUUCUCGUCUUGGGUUGA